GAGCUUUGAGGAGGGAUCCAGCAAGGCGGUACUAUCACAGAGUCCAGAUGGGAAGCAGCAGAUGCUGCCUUCACUUGGGACUGACCGCUACAUAAUCCAGAAGGGGGAUCCCAGUCCUGGGGAUGCUGGUGCAGGGUUCUGCGGGCCUGGUUGACUUUGGAAGGACCCAGAGCGAGCCAGUAGCUGGUCCUCAGGUGGCGUGGGCAAAAAUUAUUCCUUCUUGGGAGACGGGGAAGACAAGGCCACCUAUAACCGCCUUUUCAAAUCUGGAGGCCUGAGAGGAGGUAACCGGGAAAAACUACAACUCCCAGAAGCCUCUGCUCUCUGGAGUCAAGGAUGGUUGUCAUGGUUUCAGAAAACAAUAUGGCCUCUCCCAGCUAGGACGGGAGUCUCCGGGUUAGAGAGGCAGAAGCGGGUCUGGACGCCCUCGGCGGCGAGGGAGGAGACGCUUGAGCUGCCGUGAGUUUGGGACUGGACGCUGCCGGCUGGAUCAGCCUCCCUUUGCCGAGGGUGCCAAUGGCGGGCAGUGUGGACGAGGAGGCGCUGCACCAGCUGUACCUGUGGAUAGACAACAUCCCUCUGUCCCGGCCCAAGAGAAAUCUCUCCCGGGACUUCAGUGACGGAGUCCUGGUUGCAGAAGUCAUCAAGUUUUACUUUCCCAAGAUGGUGGAGAUGCACAAUUAUGUCCCUGCCAACUCUCUCCAGCAGAAGCUCAGCAACUGGGGUCACCUGAACAGGAAGGUGCUGAACAAGCUGAAUUUUUCGGUGCCGGAGGACGUGAUGCACCAGAUCGUGCAGUGCACCCCCGGCGUGGUGGAGUUGGUGCUCAUUCCACUGAGGCAGCGCCUGGAGGAGCGGCGGAGGCGCAGGAAGCAGGGCUCGGGCUCCUUACAGGAGCUGGUUCCCCAGGAUGGCAGUGGCUACAUGGAUGUGGGUUUGUCCCAGAAGCCCCGAGGGGAAGGUGCCCAGGACACCCAGGGAGGGGGGCAGCUCAGGGGGGGCCGGCAGCCGGUGCCCCGGCGUCCUGGGUAUAGCCAGGUGCUGCACGGCGACCCGAGCGUCAUCCUCCAGAUUGCCGAGAAGGAGCAGGAAUUGUUGGCCUCGCAGGAGACUGUGCAGGUCCUGCAGAUGAAGGUGCGGCGCUUAGAGCACCUGCUCCAGCUCAAGAACGUGCGCAUCGACGACCUCUCCCGCCGGCUGCAGCAGGCGGAACGGAAGCAGCGGUGAGCUGAGCAGCUGCUCAGGACGCAGGGAUGCCCCAGUGUUUGCCAGAGCCCUGAAAAGGCCGACACACCCACAGAACAGCCCAUGCACCCACAGAACGCGGACUAACGGGGCGGGAAGGGGGCGGGUCCAGCUGCUCCUAAGAGCCUCUGGGAGCCCCACCCUCGGGGUGAGGGUGAGCAUGGUGGGUGGGCGGUGGGACAGGAGCCCUUACGUCUGAGCACGGAACUGAGCCACCUCCUCCCACUCCAUCCGGAUCAGGAGAAUGGACCACUUUCCAGAACCCAGAACCCGUGUGCGGAGGCCUGGUGUGUACCCCAAAGCAGUGAGAGACACCAGGCGCUCCAUUUUGGAGCUCCCUGUGCUGGGCUUUGGGGGAUGGUCCCCCCACUGGGUCCGCACCACUAGAACCGGGUCCCUAUCCAGCUGUGAGGACAGUGAUGUCUCCAUCUAGUUCUCUGUGCCCUGGGCCGUUGGGGAAGUGAGGGAGUCCCUGGCCUCUCCUGCGUGCUCACCUGGGACCCAUUUGGAGGCGGGAGGAGGGCAGCUGCUGGAGAGGAAGGGAGGGGGAGGGGUUCAGCCAGGUGUGGGAAGACAUCGGCUGUGCCUAUACCAAAUCGCCCUCCCCUCCCAUGAGGUAGAGUUGACACUAUUUGGGGUAUAUGGGACAAGGCUGCCCCCAUUAAAAGCAUUGUGCUCUC